GGGUCACUAGACACCAGGCUCUUUGUGCCAGUGUCUGUCCAUGAACUUCCAGGCUGUGGGAUGUUUCUGUGACAGGGAUUGGGAAGUGCUGUGGUGGUGAUUUAUGCAUUUACCACUUCCUGAGUGGUGUUCAUGCUUAGCUGGUGCUGAGCAGCUGCCCCUUGAAACUUGAGCCAUUACUUCAUUUUUAUUUCUGUUUUGAUUGCAAGUUGAUCAUUAAUUUCACACUGUAAAUCCACUUUAUUUAGAAGGACUUAUAAUCCAUUUUAUUUUGUUGAAGAUUUUUCCACUGCACUUGCCUCUCUGCCCUCCUGUGUGUGUGGCCAUUUUGUUGGUGGGGAUUUAUCCCCAUGUUUCCUGGCCCCAAGCAGUUUCAAGAAUAGGAUUCAACAUCCCCACCAGUGGUAAAAAUUUCUAGAAUUAUUUUUAAGUCCUGCAAAUCAGAAAGCAUAGGGACAGAUGUAGUCCCUCCAGUUCUGUAUCCAAAUUGUUAUCUUACUAAUGGAAGUUAAAAGGAAACGUUCAGCAUUGUUGGCAUGAAAAUGAGGAAAGAAAAUGGUUUUACUUUCUUUUUCUAGUCACUUUUUUAUGAGAGGAAAUGGCUUUUGGUUCCAAGAGUCAUCAAAUCAAAUUUCUUUCUCCAACAAAACCAGACUUUUUUGUGAUGUGGUGGAAACUUGCCAGUUUCUGGUGUCUUGCUGUAGGAUAAAAGAGCUUUCAGACAUGAGUCCCAAGUUUGCAAUUCAAUCUCCUUGGGAAGAGCUCCAGGGAGUUGUUGCUGGGAUCAGGGAGGCUUUGCAUGGAAACAGAGAUGCAGAGAUCUGAUUGCUGUGUCUGAACCUAGACAGGCUCCUUAACCUCUCCUGAUCUGCAUGUGACAUCAGGCAUGCUUCCAACUUGCUGGCUGUUGAUUUAUGAGUAUUUGUAGGUGGUGAUAACUGAGUGAGCUUCAGGAUCUGGGAGUCUGCUUUAAUGCUGACUCCUCCUCACUGCUGCUUAAUUGAAAUAAGGUUUUGUUGAUGUUCCACUGGUGGUACAGAGCAAGGAGACCUUGAGCUGGACUCUAAAGAGCUGGACCUUUCUAAGCAAAGGCUGCAGCCUGCCCUUGAAGAAUACUAAACAAGAAUUAAGUUUUCCAAACUGUUUAGUGGCAUUGAAAGGUAUGACUUUAAUUCUUGUUGGAAAAUGCUGCUUUGACAUCUCUAUGUGACCCCAAGGAAGUUCAGAUUUGUGUGUCUCAGGGUAAGGAGAUAUUGGAAGCUCAGUCUCUCUGUCUGAAGGUGAAACUUGAGCCUGGAAAGGUCUCAGCCCUCGGUGCUGCUGUGUGUUCUUUGCCAUGAUGGGAUGUGGGAUGAGGAAGGGGAAAACCCAUCAGCUGUGCCCUGCUGUGAAAUACUCAUUUAACACAGGCCACUGAAUAGUCACCAGGGAGCAAGUCAUAAAAUUAACUAACCAGAGCUGGAUUCAAACCAGUAAAUUUCCUAAUAAUAAAAGGUGUGAAAAUGUCUUACAGUAAAUGAAGAAGAAAAAAGGACUGGAAGGACAGUCCUACCUGGAAAUUGCCCUGAAAAUACUGCUCUUACUUUGAGAGAUUAAAGAUGCUACUGUACUGUAUCAUGUGAAAUACCUUUUUUGUCCCAUUUUUGGCUACAUUAGCAUGGAAUAAUGUUGUUCCUCCAGUAAUCUUAUUUCUUUCCUAUUUACACUCACUUAAAAAUGAUUCUACCUUUGGAGCUAACCUCCUUCACCACUUGUUUAUCAUUAAUUUCCUCUCUGGUUCGUGUGGCAUCCCACCUGCCUGUAUGGAAGGUGGGUUUACAGCAAGAUCAGGUGCAGACACAAAAGGGAUAAAGCCCUUAAUUGCAGAGCUCAGCCCAUAGCAGAGCCAGGUGAGAGGAACUGAGUCCCACAGCAGCCUCAGCCCCAGCCCAGAUGGGGCUCAUGGGGUGCACAGGUCACCUCACAGGUUAAAAGCUCUUGGGGAAGCACAGGGAUCACCCCUGAACUUCCUGCUGCAAUCUCAGACUCCUUGGAGCAGGCUUUGCACCAGCCUGUUACCUCAGGGGAACAGCUCCAUCCCGGAGCUCAUUCAACAAUAUUUUAAGUGGGUGAUUGAAAAUCAAAAAGCAGCAGACAUGGAGCUUUCCCAGCACUCUGAUGCUCAUCCUCCCCUCUUGCUGAAGGGAAGGAUGGGCUGGGCUGGCCAUUGGCACGGUCACUGCUGUGCCCUGUUUGCUCUGGAGGAAAAGGGGGCUGAGGGGCAGUGCUGGGUCAUGCCCAGUGAAUUCCUGAGCCCUCAGCUAAUCCCAGCCAAGUGUGACAGAGGAGGAGAAGCCUCCAGCUUGUUCCUUUGGUUUUCACUGGAGUCAGCUGAGAGAGCCCUGCUGGGAAGGGGUGGGGUGGGAGCUCUGCCUCUCUCAGCCCCCAGACUCCAGUGGGUCAGGGCUGCUUUUGGGAGCAAAGCCAGGCCAGGGCAGCUCUGCUUCCUCAUGAGCCACCACAAAGUGACUUCUUGUGUGCACAAGCUGGACCUUUCCCAGAACCCAAAGGACAAGGUAGCCAGUGUCUAUGAGUCACCUGGCUUCUUCCUCGACUUGGAUCCAAUUCCAGGAGCCCUGGAAGCUGCACAGGAGAUGCUCCACAUGCAGGACACUGAAGUCUUCAUUUGCACGAGCCCUCUGCGGAAAUACGAGCACUGCAUCGUGGAAAAGUACAAGUGGGUUGAGAAACACUUGGGACCCGAGUUUGUGGAGCGGAUUAUUCUGACCCGAGACAAGACCGUGGUGGCUGCUGACCUGCUGUUUGAUGACAAGGACACCAUCCAAGGCGCAGAGCCAAACCCGAGCUGGGAGCACAUCCUGUUCACCUGCUGCCACAACCGGCACCUGCAGCUGCCGGCCCCGCGCCGCCGCCUGCGCUCCUGGGCCGACGACUGGAAGGGCAUCCUGGAAAGCAAGCGCAGGCAGUAGUGCAGGGAGGGAAUGCUGCACUCUUCCCACUGCCAGGGCACCAGCCCAGCCCCUGCCAUGCCCAGCAGGCACUGUCACUGCGGGGAUCAGCCACAGUAAGAAAGGAGCUGCUCCUGUCACACACAGCGCUCUGGGUUUCUGGGAUUGCUCUACACUCAGUUAAUCGCUGUAGCAUUUUGGAUGUUUGCUGUUGGAGAAGAGAAACUAUAAACUACAAGCAGCUGUGGUUGGAUUUUUGUGUGUGUUUAACCUCCUGUUUGGUUUGUGCUGUCUGGGGGCAGCGGGGAGAGCAAAAGAGGAAGAAAGCUCUCAAAUGUGAGCAGACCCAGUGUGGGUGUCUGCCAGGAAGCACUGUAAACAGUAAAACCUUUUACAUUUUACGUAUUUAGCUACCCUGGCUAUUGGGCUGUCUCUUACCUCAUGGCUGAUAAAGAAAAGAGACUAGGCUGGCUUUGAUUUCUUGGCCCAUGUGCUUAAGUAAGA